AUACAGUAUACUCAAAAGGACCAGCAUAGUUGUAGGAGUCGCUAGGUAAUAUAUCUUCUGCUCAGAGGGCAACUCCUUGUAACUUCGCAAAUCCCCCUGCGUUGCGUCUUCGGACUCUGGAUUGGCAGCGCACAGUAAACGCAUUCCUCAUAGCAUCCAUAGUGGGCCGUUAUGGGCGUCAGCUGCACUUAACUGGCCGCACCACUGCUGACCCACGAAUCUUCAGCAGCGAGGCACCCGCUUCGGACCAGGUAAAUGGCGUAUCAGACGGCUGCGCCGCAGACUGCGUGGGGCGCCGCAGGCGCCGGAGCUGCCCCGGGAAUGUCCGACCCUUACUAUGCACAGUAUUACGCGGCAUAUGGUUAUGGUAAUGGUUAUGAUUACUCGGCGUACUACCAGCAGCAGGGGCAGGCCUACGCUACCGGCGCUGCUCCCCCGGUCGCGCAACCUCCGCCAGCACCCCCGUCCUCGCCUCCCCCGCCCGGCGCGGAGCCGGACAAACCAGCUGAUGACGAGAAGCCGCCGCCACCUCCACCAGGCGGACCGCCACACGCUUCUGGCACCGCCAGCGCCAAGCCCGCGCCAACCGCGCCCCCGCCGUCUGCACCUGCGGCCCCAGGUGCGGCUGCAGGCGUGACGCCCGGUGCUGGCUCGGCCGCAGGUGCCGCGGCUGCAGCCGCAAACGGCGGCUAUGACUCUGCAGCCUACGCACAGUGGUAUGCGCAGUACGGGUAUUACGGCUACGACCCGCAAUAUGCGCAACAGUAUUGGCAGCAGCAGCAACAGCAGCAACAACAGCCGCAGCCGCAGCAGGCCUAUCCCUCCCAGCCAGGCUACCCACAGCCUAGGCCGGGCGUACCGCCUCCGGCGCCGCCUAAGGGCGACCCGCCGCCGGGCACGGGUGGCAAGCCGGUCCAAGCCGCUGCGGGCUCUUCCAAGCCCUACUCUGGCGUUGUCGACUCGUACAACGCAGCGCCGCCGCCCGCAAACCUGUACGGCCACCAGCAGCAAAACGGCCACCAGCAGCAAAACAACCGCAACCAGCGCACCGGGCUUACAGGCACCAACAUGACACCGAUAGGGCCGCGGCCGCCGCCCGGCGACCCGCCUGCGUCUGCCACUGGGCAGCAGCAGCUCACGCCACAGCAGCAUGCGGCCGCGGUUGCCGUGCGCUUCAGCCGGGCACCGUUUGUCAUUCGCCCACAAAUGCCCACCGGCCGGUCCGCCGCCGCGCCCGCUUACAUCGGCGUCGGCGGCGCCCCCUCCACCGCCGCGCCGGGCAAGACUGGCGUGGCCGCUGCCGUGGCGGCUGCGGCGGCCGGGGCUGCAGCUGCGGCCGCAGCCGCCAAGGCCGGCCCCGCCGCCACAGGCGGCCCCGCGUCGGCGGCAGGCGGCGGCAACACGCAGUGGCCUCCCAGCUUCACGGCUUGGGUGACGCGCUGCUUCAACGCGGCUCGGCUGCGGGGUGUGCCGGACAACCGGUUGUCUGAGAAGCUGAUGGCGUACCUGGACCAGGUCAAGUCCGAGGGCCGCCUGUGGACCACCGACUGGGACACGCAGGCGGUCAUGCUGCCAGACGGCGCGGCAGCUGGCGGCGGCGGCGGUGCACCGGGCGCUGACGGCGGCGCGCUGUCGCCGUCGGGGCCGCAGGGCCGCAAGCGCAACCGCUGGGGCGACGUGCCGGCGGGCGGCAGCGCGGGCGCGGGCGAUUACCGGUCGGCGGCCGGCGGUCGCGGGUAUGAGCGGUCGCAGGACGUGGACUCGGAUGAGGAGGACUACGGCCAGUACGGGGGGCAGCACCACCGCCACGGCGCGCCCUCGCCGCACGGCGGCGGCCACCAGCACCUCAGCAACCGCAAGCGCAAGAAGCUGCUGGCGCUGGAGGCGCGGCAGCACCAGCGCGGAGGCGCGGCGGCCAGCCCGCACGGCCACGCCUACACCACAGCCGAGGAGCAGAAGCGCCGCGCGCGCGCCGGCCGCUUCGGCGACGGCCGCGCCGCCGGGGCCGGCCGCUACGGCGGCUCGGAGUCGGACGACUAUGACGAUGACGACUAUGAGGAUGACGACCGGCGCUUCGGCGGGGGGCAGGUGGUGGUGGGCACCAGCAACAACCUGGAGAAGUCCUACUUCCGUCUCACCUCGCAGCCCGAGCCGUCCUCGGUGCGGCCGGAGCCGGUGCUGUGUCGCGCGCUGGACCGGCUGGUGCGGCUGAUCGCGUCGCGCGAGGCCACCUACUUCUACUCGCUGGACCAGUUCAAGGGCAUGCGGCAGGACUGCACGGUGCAGCACCUGCGCAACGCGCUCACGGUGCGCGUGUACGAGGCGCACGGCCGCAGCAGCCUGGAGUACGGCGACGUGGCGGAGUUCAACCAGUGCCAGGCGCGGCUGGGGCACCUGUACGCGGACGGCGUGCCCGGCUGUGUGGCCGAGUUCACCGGCUACCGGCUGCUGUACGAGACGGUGCACGCCGCCACAGCGGGGCGGCGGCACGCCGGCUCCAUGACCAAGGCGCUGCUGCACACCAUGCGCAACGUGCCAUCGGAGCUGGCGGCCGCGCCCGAAAUCCGGCACGCGCUCAAGGUCCGCGAGGCGGUGAUGAGCUUCAAUUACAGCGGCUUCUUCCGCCUGUACGCCACCGCGCCGCACCUGGGCCGAGCCAUCCUGGACGUGGUGGUGGAGCCGCUGCGCUGGGCCGGCCUCAACGCCUUUGUCAAGGCCGCCGACCUGCCCGUGCCCGUGUCCGAGCUGGCGCUCAUCCUGGGCUUUGGGCUGCAGCCCGCCCGGCCGGAGCGGCGGAACCAGGCGGCGGACGGCAAGGAGGCGGAGAGUGGGAAGGGAGGGGAGGAGGAGAAGAAGGACGAGCAGGCGGUGCCGCUGCCGGGCUGCCGCUUCGCGCACCUCGCGGGCGACGCCGCGCCCGUGGAGAGUCAGGAGGAGGCCACCCAGCGCUGCGCGCAGUGGCUGGCGGAGCACGGCGCCGUGGUGGUGGAGAAGGGCUCGGAGCUGGUGCUGGACACCAAGGCCUCACGCGGGAAGAUGUUUGUGCCGGAGGUGACGGUCAAGAUUGAGACCGGCGACCUGAGCGUCACCGACUUCCUGUCCCGCGCGCGCGUCGCCGUGGAGUAAGCGGCAGGCGGCGCCCGCCGCCCCCGACGGCCCCGCCAGCAACUGGAGCUGCUCGCCGCCGCCAGUGCCGCCGCCAUCGUUGUGCCUGCGUCGUCGUCAUGAGCUGGAUUCAUCCAUUGCCUCGCUCCGUCUGUGUGCGGUACGCGGCGUACCUCCGUAUGCCGAUCUGGUUGUACCGUGCCGAUCUGGUUGUACCGUGCAGCCACUGCCUCGGCAGCUUCUGCUGCUGCUGGCGAUGGCGCUGUGCCGUCUUCGUGCGUGCGUCCCGGUGGGCAGCGCCGCCGCCUGCAGCGCGCGGGCGCAGUUACGCGUGCGGCGCAGGAGUGCUUGUGCCCUGUGCUGCUGCGUCUGCCACUGCUGCUGCGGAACUUCGGCGUGUGCAUGCAGCUGGCGGUUCUGCUGCUGCGGAUGUGGGUCGCGUCGUGUCUUCCUGGUUGCACGAUAGCUGCAGGUUCUGCACCGCCGCCGUCGUCUACCCUGCGUUCGUCGCUUUGCAUUUCCGUCGGCUGUGGCACACAGCACAGCAAAGUUCUACGUCACAGCUCACAGCUCAGCAGCAUGCGCCGGCGUUGCGGCCUGGCGGGGUGGCAUGGGUCCGCGUGUUGGUGGCGGCAGCAGGAGCCGUGGCCGCGGUGCUGUGUCCGGCUGCGGCUGCUGCUGACGUUGCCGCUACAACGACAAGCGCAUGCUAUCCGGCAGAUUGAGCACAGUCGGGACACCGCCUGCAGUCAACCCUUUGACCCCCAGCACCCCAGCACGCCUGCUGGCGUCGACGAGCGGCAGCGGUGCGCAGCGAGAGUGCCAGCCCGGCAACCCUCCGUCCAUAUCAGAUGCAGGCAUCGCGCGCCAACGCCCGCAGCCAAAUUACAAAUGCCCUUCUGCACUCGCUCACUUACAGCUUACACUCACAGCUUUCACGUUUACUUGGUAUUUUGGCUCAUGGUAUUUUAGCACAGGAGGUAACAGGUACGCACGUCUGAACACAGCAUUGCACAUACGCACGCUUCAAGCGCAUGAGGCGGCGCGGCAACGAACGGCCGUGACCAGCGUUGUGGGCGCACUCGGCCAUCAUACGGCCAUGCCGAGCCCACGCUGCACCACCAAUGCCACUGCUGGGCGCUGCCCCUCCGGGCUGUGCUUCUAGCUUCCCUGGACGCGCCGUCGCCUGCACGUGCGCGUCCGCCAUGCCCUCCCUCCAUCAUUUCUGUGCCUGAAGCCCGCACCCCGCGGAGCCUGGGCUGCCUUUUCAGAGAGGCGUGCUCGGCGGCCCCGCACCCACCCAUGGGGCCGCCGGCUGCGUGCGACAUCGACGUCUUGCUGCCGGAUCGCGGCGGCGACAGCGGAGGAGGCUGGGCGAGGAGCAGCGCCAGGUCAACGUCUACACAUCUGGAGCGGGGCAACAGCGCCGCGUGGAGCUUGACGCGUGGCGCCUUACAGGAGGCAGCUCAAUACUUCGUCAACAGUCUACAAACGUGGUGAGCGCAAGCAUCGCUGGUCGGCCUUAUGGCGGCGGCUGAAGGCGGCAUGAGCGUGGUGUGGAGGGUGACUAUUGGGGCGUCUGUGGCGUGUCAUCUCAGCAGGACACGUGUUGUGUAUUGUCAGGUGCAGAGCGGGUCAUGGGGUGGCCGGGAACUGAAAUGGGGAACACCAAGGCACUGCUGUGCAUGCUCGUAAUCUGGGCGACGAUGCGAGGGGAAUGCAAGGCGAGUGUGGGGUAUUGAGACACGAAGGGGGUGGGGCAUGAUGCUAAGGUACUGUGGGGUUGUUGAAGUGCAUGGGUAGUGCAUGCAUGUGCGGGUUCUAGGGCGGGUAGGUGCUGGCUUACCUUCAAGGAUAUGGGCUGUGGGAUUGCAUACGCAAUGCAUGGGCUUGUCGUUUGUCUUGAGGGGUGCGGAGGCACCCAAACGAAUGCCGGACUCGAAGGUCAAGGGUGCAGUCACGGGGCGCAGCCUGUUGGCCUAUGUCUGGGACAUCGUGUAAGCCGUGGCUGUCUUGUUGUAUUGGAAGCACGGGAGGGCUGAGCUUUAUUGACUGAUUAGGCUUGCAGCUGGCUAAACCACGAAGCGUCCAUCGUGCCAGCAGACCACAGGGUGCAGCGCCCUGAUGCCGAGAAGUUGCCCCUGGGAAAAGGUUUCCGGGCAGCCAUAUGCCGAAUGCCGAAGCUUUCCAGCUCCGCAAGCAAUACACGUGGUGGCGCAAGGGUCGUGGGCGGUGGUGGUAGCAGACAUCGGCACUAGCUGUCGGCGGGUGCAGGCAAGGGCGGGAGCGUGCUUAGCAGGAGCUACCGGGC